GAUCAGAAGCUGUCAAAGCACCAAAAGUUUCAUAUUGCGCUGCAAAACGUUCUGUUCCGUUAAUUUGGAGUACAAAUCUAAAUAAAAUAUUUAAUUUUCGCUGAAAAAUGACUACGGCUGCUCGGCCCACAUUCGAUCCCGCUCGUGGAGGCAGUGGUCGUGGUGAAAAGGAUCUCAGUGCUCUUUCCAAACAGUACAGCAGCAGAGAUCUUCCAUCGCACACCAAACUCAAAUACAGAGAUCUCGGUCAAGGAACCUCGGAGGAACUGCGCAGCCGUGAUUUCCGCGAGGAACUUGAGAAACGUGAACGCGAAGGUAAAUCCGGCGGCGCAGGCAAAGCAAACUCGUCUUCCACCCCAUCGGUGGUUCGUCGUGCAAUCGAGGCCAGUAGCAGCAGCAAGCGACAGAAGAUAGACGCCGCCCCACAGAACCUGGACGCAGAUGAUCCCGUUGAGAGUGAGAAUUCCGACUCGGAUUCGGACGAGGACGACACGGCUGCCCUGCUGGCGGAGUUGAGCAAAAUCAAGCGGGAACGAGCACAGGACGAGGCCAAAAAGGAACUCGAGAAACGCCAGGAGGAGGAACGCAUUCGGAUGGAGAAUAUCCUUUCGGGAAAUCCGUUGCUCAAUUAUGCGUCAUCGGCAAAGGCGGAUUUGAAGGUGAAGCGACGGUGGGAUGACGAUGUGGUGUUCAAGAACUGUGCCCGUUCGGAACCGGACAAGAAGAGCAGUCAGUUCAUAAACGACUCGCUACGAUCCGAGUUUCAUAAGAAGUUUAUGGACAAGUAUAUUAAGUAAAUGGUUGCUUUAUGUUAGACUCAUAUAAUUUAGGAAUUCUCAAUCAUUCGAAAAUACAUUUUUAAUUACUCCAACA